CCCGACAGUUGGCACUUCGAUUUAGUUUCGGUUUAGCUUCGAUUCGGUUUCGGCCAGGAGUUGCUCUAUAACUAAAAAAAAGAAAGCAAAAGAAAAGAAAAACCAAGAAAAGGAAAGGAGAGAACAGAAACCAGUUUGGUGGGGAGUUGCUCCCCAAAUUCAAGGAGUGGAAAUUCUUUGCCAUCGUAGUUGGCAGUGUGUGUGCGUGUUGCACGGAAGAAAUCACAUUACCUCGGCAAUGUGUCGCGGUAAUAUACAAAAAUGGAGCCUCUAAUGCAUAUGUGAAAUGAUCAACCAAAGGGCCAUUUAUCAGCAUCCCCGAAGUGAGCUGGGAAAAGUGUAAAAAUAAGCAAGCAACCUGCAACUAACAAGCAAACAACAGCCAUAACAAUUUGUCAAGUACACAACCACACACCCAAAAACACAAAAGCAGGUGAAAAUCCAAAUAAACGCGCGCGUUUUAAAACGCCCCAAAGCAGCGAGAGGCGGGCAAAGGAUUAUCGCGAUGGCAAGGACCACGGAACUGAAGCUGGCUAUGGGGGAUCCUGCGAAAUGAAUUUAUGCCUGUGCAGUUUUCCAUCGAUUUUCGUCUUGCGCCACAACGGACUGGGGAUGAAACACCAAACACAUAAAACGGAUUUGAUAUUAAAAAAAUAUGCAGAAACAAGAAAAAAGGCGCGAGCUGCGCCUGAAGCGAUUCUGGCGCUCCCCCAAGACCACAUCCUCGGAGGACUCCAAUGGCUAUGAGAGUCCCACGAGGACGAAGGCGUCCAGUGCCGGCGGCAGCAGCGAUGCCCAGAGAUUUAACCACCUGCACUACACCAGCCUGUCGCAGGGAUCGGGCACCUCCUCCUCGGCCGGCGGAGCCACUGCAUCCGGAGCGGGGGCGCCGUCUCUUGGGCAGUCCGGCAACAACAAGCCCUCCUGCUCGCUGCCACUUUUGCAGGUGUGGCCCAGCCAGGAUUCGCCGCGCGGCGAGGCGGAUGGCCAGUCCUUCGUGUUCCCGGCCAUUGUGGAGACGAGUGUCAGCAGUCCGACUGCCGUCGCGAGCGGGAGUGGCAGUAUCGGGAGCACCAACCUGAGUCUGAGCGCCAGGAGGAGCAGCAACCACCUCAGCUUGUCCACGGACCGGCGGAGUUCUCUGUACUGUGAUACCCUGCACGCCGGCGACUCCGGCAUCGAUUCGGUGCAGGCCUCGCCCUCGCCGAACGCCUUCAUAGCUCCACCGGGGGUUCACAACCUGCCGCUGGGCCAGACGGGCGGCGGAUCCUGCCAUGUGUCGCCCACCAGCACGCCCACCCAGGGAUCCCCCAAUUUGUCGCUGGGCCGCAGGAGCAUGCGAAACAGCAUUUGCGUGGUGCCCAGUGGAAACGGGCGGAGGAAGUCGAGCGCCCUGCUGCAUCCGGACCACGCCCGGCUGUUCGCCCUGCGGAUGAAGCAUGCGGCCGCCCUGGAGAGGGCACAAACCUCUCCGGACCAAACCUCCAUCGAGGACGCCAACGAGUUCCACGACAAUGGACUGGCCACCAACCUGCGGCUGUGCUCGGCCUCCUCGUCGACGACGUCGUCGCUGACAUCCGUGGCCGCGGUCAGCCUGGGCGGUGCCGGUGGUGCGGGUGGUGCGAACACGACCUGUGGCUCCUCCUCCGGCUCCGCCUACGCUGUGGGCGCGGCGGGCGUCCAGCAGCGCGUCUCCGAUCCCUGGCUGCAGCCGCAAUCCGAUCGGGAACGGGACUCCCGGCACGACGGCAGGCGCAGGUCCUCCACGAUGACCGCUCGCUACUCCCUGUUCGAUGCCCUGGACCUGGAGUACGUGCUCUUGAGGGCCGCUGCCCGCGGUUCCGUGGGUCCCUACAGCCUCAGUGAGUCCAUACACAAGCUCACCUUCACCCAGUCAUUGGCUUUCCCGGCUCUGGCCCGGGGCCUGGCCACCAAACGGCGGAGGUCGGCCACGCACACCAGCUCACGGCCCCUGAAUCCCCAUGAGUCCGGUCUGAAUACCUGCGCCAAGGUGGUCACCGCCGUCGUCCUGGUGGCCCUGUCCUUCAUGGUGUUCCUCAUCGUCUACAAGUUCGUGAGGACGUGAGGUUUGCUCCUGGCCCCGUCGCCAGAGCUCCCAGUCACAUAUCAGGCCAACUACGGAGCGGAGGAGGGGUCCACAUCGGAGGGGUCCUCCAUCAUCUCGUCGGCGGGCCGCAGUCUGGGCAAGCACAUGUCGGGGUUCAGGAGCAAAUUGGGUCUGCGUCAGGCGGACUUCGAGUGAUUCUUGGGAGGAUCGUUUAAACAGACAUUAGAACACUGGUCGCCAACAUUUUUGCUACUCGGAAAGGAUUAAUAAAGAAAAACGUUCUACAAAAAAUAACAAAUUUCCUUGAAAAGUACCUACGGAAACUAUUUUGUUUUGGUAAAAAAAUGGCCGACCAGUGACAUUUUUGUGAUAAACUAUCAAUGAAAGCUAAUUUUUCCACAAAAGAAAA